ACGUAAAAUAUUUAUACUAAAAAUAAUAUUGAGAAUACAAAAAAAUUAAAUGAGUUUGGUAACUUCUCUACGUCUUUAAAAUGAUUAAAUUUUAAUUUCUUUGUCCAGUACGUGAAAAAAUUAAAAUAAAUUCUUCUCAAAAAAAAAGUAUGUUAAUUCAUACAAUAUCACUUUCCAAGUGUAUGCACGCAUACAUUUUUGUAUACACAAAUGGUUAUAGAUAUGGCGAGUGCGCAGAAAAGGGAUUUCGAGGUCGAUAGUUAAUUUCUGGUGGCGGUGCGUAUUGUAUGUGAUGCAAGUAGAAAUAAGAAAGAAAAUAGAAAAUAAAAAGAAUGACGGACUCCGUCAUUCGACACAAUUGUUUAGUAUAAACAAUCGAGUUGUUUCCGGUUGUUUAUCGAGAGAUUGUUAAUUAAUUAAUUUUUUUUUUUUGAAACUCAAGAGGAGAGAUUCAAAUUUUAUUGGAAUAUUAUGGGAACAAGUAUUUUCGAUAAACAUUUAACGUCAAGGUGAUUCGUCGUGAGGUUAAUCUUGAGGAAAGGGGUCACAGAUUUUUGGCUGGAUCGGAGAGAGAAAUUUUGUUAUCUUUACGGAAAUCCAGAACGAUAACGUACAUUCUUCUUUUGUGAUUUAAAAAAGCAAAUUAUUAUGGCAAUUAAUCAUCUUAUUCAUUGGUAUCAGAAAAAAAUUGGCACCUACGAUAAGCAACAAUGGGAGAAAACCGUGGAACAGAGAAUUUUUGGUGGUUUCACUCACGUUCCGAUGAGAACGGCAAAAUUGAAAACCGAAUAUAUUGACGUGGAUCUUGUGAGAGGUUCCUCGUUUACAAAAGCAAAACCGAAGCAUGGAUUACGAACAGUCACGUGGUUGGCAUUAAAAAGACUUUUAUUUCUUCCUCUCAAUGGUCGCUGGUGGAUACAGCAAACGAGUCGAUAUACAUUUGCAUUCUUUUUACUUCUCUAUAGUCUUCAAUUUUUCAAUAUUGUCAUAUUUUUUCAUCUUCUCAACAAGGAUUCCGAAUCAGACAUUAUUUCCACUGCAGAAGUGUUAAUUCCAUUUGCGAUGAUGUUGACAUUAUGCAUCGUCCACUCUCAAAUUGUUUCCACCCAUUCGGGACCGUCAUUAUCGAAAAGUGAUAAUCAUAGAUCUCGACGUUCCAGGAAUGGACGGGGACGUUUUAAUAAAUCACGAGUUAGAAGAAAUUUACGUGGUAAUAAUGAUUUUAAAUCGACAGUCGACAAUACGUCCGAUAAGGAAAGUACGAUUAGUGUGGAAGUGUCGUCGUCAGUUCGAUUCGCUAAAAAAGUUACAAUAGAGAGUGCCAUUACUUCUAGUCCAAAACCAAAACUUCUCGAAGAUGUGGAAAACGAAGUAGCUGAAAUGAAAGUAGAAAGAUCGAAUUCACCGUCUCUUGUCGAUGCUCAGUCACCUUUAGUUGAAGAUCAACCAGAACCUGUUGAAGAAGUUGUGGAAAAUGGAAUCGUUGUUCAUCAAGACGACGAUGGUUUCGAGAGUCUAAAUGGAAACGUCUCCAGUGACAAUGAAAGAGAAGUGAUAGCACCUGUGAUAGAGAAUAAAAAGGAAAAUCUCGAGGGGAAAGGAAACGUCGUAGAACUUACCGAACAGGAAUAUUCACUAGCACGACGUUUUUCCGGUAGAACAACACCCGAUACUUCAAAAAAGGGGGGAAAUUAUUCCGAUAGUGAUGGAGAUGGCUGCAAUAGUUUGGGAAGAGAAAUAAUGUCUGAUUCUGCGGGUUCGAGGAAAAAUGUUCUGGAGUGUGAGAGCGAAGAAGAGGGCGAGUGUGAGGAAACGGCUAAUAUUCAUUUCACCGAGGCAACAACAUCGGCUACCGAAUGGAUGGGAGUCACGACAAAUAGCGACGAGUGUAGUUAUAGCUCGGAAUUUGAAGAAUCAGAUCUUCACAGUGAAUCAAAUUUUAAUUGCAACGAAUUUGUGGAGCAUCCCUUCUCAUGGGAAUUUGAAUUACCUCCGUCUAUUUUGUCAAGUUGCACAACAUCCGAUAGAGUGUCCUGCACAAUUUGGACUCGACGCGAUAUAAAGAAAGCUGAACUUUCAGUAUUGGACAUAAGUUCGGCAAUAAUUGAAAGAGCAGAAUCAACGACGGAGAGUAUGGAUUAUUUUUAUGGAGGAUUGAUUCUCGCAUUAUUGAUCUCAUUAAUGCCAUCAAUAAGAAGAUUGACUGAUCAAAUAAACACUGAAUCUGUUAAUAAUUCCACAAUUCUGGAAUUACCUUAUGAAUUAUCUUUCGUUAAUAUGGGAAUUUACGUGGACAUGUUUUGCAAAAUGCUUGAUGUCGCAUUCGGAUCUUCUUUUUGGGAACGAAUUGUGAUUUUGAUAUCAGGCUUCGAAAGACUCGUUCUCUCAUCUCUUUUAUUCUUUUUACUGGCUGUGGCAGAGAGAACUUACAAGCAACGUUUGCUCUAUGCAAAAUUAUUUUCCCACCUGACAUCAUCGAGGCGAGCGAGGAAAUCUGAUUUGCCACACUUUCGACUGAAUAAAGUGCGCAACAUUAAAACCUGGCUCAGCAUCAGAUCGUACUUAAAGAGAAGAGGACCCCAACGGUCAGUGGACGUGAUCGUCUCCUCUAUCUUUAUCCUCACACUACUUUUACUAUCCUUCAUUAGUUUAGAAUUGAUUAAGGAUUUGGAAAGCUUACAUUCGCCCUAUAGCGCAGAAGCUUUGUUCUGGAGUUUUGCUCUCGGAAUUUUUGUACUACGGUUCAUGACCCUCGGCACAAAGAUUAAUAAAAAAUAUAGAAAUCUUUCUGUUCUCAUAACCGAGCAGAUAAAUCUGUACCUGCAGAUAGAGCAAAAACCACAUAAAAAAGACGAACUCAUGGUUGCUAAUAGUGUUUUAAAAUUAGCGGCGGAUUUAAUAAAGGAACUGGAGAGUCCUUUCAAAAUUUCAGGACUUUCAGCUAAUCCCUAUUUGUAUACAAUCACAAAAGUUGUUUUACUCUCGGCCUUAUCGGGAAUACUCUCAGAACUUUUAGGUUUUAAACUAAAAUUACAUAAAAUCAAGAUAAAGUAACAUUUUUCCAAAAAAAAAAAUGUUAUACACAAUAUUAUGUAAAAAAAAUACCUACUACCUCAAAAUAGGUUUUUUUGCAAAUAUUCCUCUAGACUUCGAUAUGUAUCAAGUAAUAACGAAAACAGCUUUUUAUUGCAUGAAAUUACCAAAAAAUUUUUUCCAAAUUAUGAAAAUAGAAUAUUUUUCAGCAGAUAAGGUAAAGAAUUUUAGUAAAGAAAAAAAAAUGUUUUUUUCAAAAUUUACCUUUUAUAUAAAAUAUUUUGUAAAUAAAAGACCCUACCCAAAAAAUCUCUUGUAGGAUUAGGAAGAAUUUUGAAGAGUAGAUUUAAGAAUUAGUUAAAAAAGAAAGGAAAAUAGGACCAUUCCUGCAUUUUUUAUAGUGUCGAGCUUAUUAAAUAUUUAACAAUUUUUGUGAUAUUAAAGGAGUUUGAAACCUUGGGGGAAAGAAAAUAUUCUCUUGGGUCGAAUCUCAUGUUUUCUAAGUCUGUAGAUAAAAGAUGAUGAAGAGAAACAAGAAGAAAAAAGGAAGAUAUGCUUCUAUGUGAUUUUGUGAUUUUGCGAUUUGCGUCGUAAAAUGUAAAUAAAAAUUUUGCAAAUAGGUUACAAAAGAAAAUUGAAUAGAGGAGAAAAUAUUUCUCAUCAGUGAUAGAGAUUGUAAAUGUUGUAUUUUAUGUACUUGGAUGAUUCCACGAUAUUUCAUUGAUAAUCUUUGGGACUUACUUUUGGAAGACGUUUGUUACAUCCUUAAUCUCAACGUAAAUGAAUUCUAGUUGUAGAAAACUUUAUGGAUGAUGUUGAGGAUGAUACCGAUAGGCAGUAUAAUAAUUUAGUAUUUUUAAGUAAUUCACAUUCCGCCUAAUUGUUCUAAAGGUUAUAAACAGUAUCAUAGGUGGUGAAUACCACUAUCUCCAGGUACGAAACAUUUUUGUAAAUAUUUAGAGGAUUAGAAAGGGAUUCCAGGCACUACUGAACUUAUUAGGUGACGUCUGACGAGUUUUUGUAUUUAGCAUCAUCAUUAACUGAUUUCCAAUUUGCCUAAUUGUUCCAAAGUCAUGUAGAGGUAUCAUUACCGUCACCAUCAUAGUUUUUCAUAAUUGGAGCAGACUAAAUUUUUGGAACCAAACGGAUUUUUGAACUAUUAGCUAGAUCAGCAGGUUCCAGGAUCGUACGUUCAAGACAUCAUCUAGCUUCUUGGCAUUCUUACAAGUUUUAGUCAUUAGUGUCAUCAAAAAAUUAUCAGACGAUAUCUAAAUUUCGGUUUCUUUUCGAAUUCACUUCUUGCUCCGUUCAAGAAUGCUUUUCAACGUCAUCAAAUAAUUAUCCUCCUACAGUUAACAGUACCCUGUGGGCACAAAAAAGUUUUUGUUCUAGAAACGUUCCUACAACGUUUUUAGAACAUUUCAUGUCCUCCACAUAAAGUCUUAAGAAUGUCCAAUGUUCUAAAAACGUUUCCAGAACAUUGGUUCUAAAGUUUUAUGUUCGGAAAACGUUUUUAGAACAUUGGACGUUCUUAAGACGUUAUGUGGAGGAUAUGAAAGGUUCUAAGAACUCUAUGGAUUGGAAAAACCUAACAAAAAACCAUUUUCCAACUCUUCCAUGUUCGACAGCAUUACAACAAUAAAAAUCUCUACACUCAUAAAUAUCAUAAAAACCCAAAGAUCUUUGAUGAAAUACAAUGGAAUAAUUCACCUAUAUAUGUACAUAUACGAACUGUAUAGAAUAAUAUUAAGACUAUAUUGAAAAAUUUACAAACCAGAUAUAAAAAAAUUAAGAAUAUUCACAAUUACCAUAUAUAUUUAAUGAAUAUUCAAAACUACUUUCCGCACUUGAGUCUCAAUUAUUAAGAAUAUUAUAUUUUUUCCAGAACUGUCUUCUGGACUAUAUUUAAUAUGUAGACAUUUUUUCCUUUAUAUACACACUUAUAUAAUAUAGAGAGAGAAAAUACGUUAUUUUUAAAAA